AACCACGACUGCUCCACCUCCCUCACAAAGCUGCCACCAUGAAGACGCAGUGGAAGGACAUCCCUGUAGUGCCUACGAGCCAGGAGUUUUUGGACAUUGUACUGUCCCGAACUCAGCGGCGUCUUCCCACCCAGAUUCGAGCUGGAUUCCAGAUCAGUCGUAUAAGAGCUUUCUACACCCGAAAAGUCAAGUACACAUCCGAAACCUUCACUGAACGAUUGUCCGGCACCAUCCAAGCAUUUCCCCGCCUCCAGGAUAUCCAUCCGUUCCACCGCGACUUACUGAACACAUUAUAUGAUGCAGAUCAUUUCCGAAUCGCUCUUGGCCAAUUGAACACCGCGAAAUCUCUUAUUGAAGCCGUAUCUCGGGACUACGUCCGACUGAUCAAAUAUGGGCAGAGCUUGUUUCAGUGCAAGCAGCUCAAGCGCGCGGCCUUGGGGCGGAUGGCCACCAUCUGCAAGCGAUUGAAGGAUCCGCUGGUGUAUCUGGAGCAAGUGAGACAGCAUCUUGGUCGCUUACCCUCCAUCGACCCCAAUACUCGGACUCUAGUCAUUUGUGGAUACCCAAAUGUCGGCAAGUCAAGCUUUCUCAAGAACAUCUCACGCGCGGAUGUGGAUAUUCAGCCAUACGCAUUCACAACGAAGUCCCUCUUCGUAGGACACUUCGACUAUAAAAUGCUGCGCUUUCAGGCGAUAGAUACCCCUGGAAUUCUGGAUCACCCUCUAGAGGAGAUGAACACGAUCGAGCAUCAGAGUAUCUGCGCUAUUGCACAUUUGCGAGCGUCGAUCCUCUACUUCAUGGACUUAAGUGAGCAAUGCGGAUACUCGGUUUCGGCCCAAAUCGCACUUUUCCACAGUAUCAAACCUCUUUUCGCCAAUAAACUGGUUUUCAUCGUCAUCAACAAAAUUGAUCUAAUGCGACCUGAAGAUCUGGAUCCGGCGACUCAAGAACAGCUUCAGGGCAUGCUUAAAUCUGGCGAAGUGGAGCUGCUCCAGCUGUCAUGUACAACUACUGAGGGCGUCAUGCAAGUGCGAAACUCCGCAUGUGACCGUCUGCUCGCUGUACGCAAUGCAGAGAAGCUCAAAACUGGAACGAAUAGCUCAGGUGAGCCAACUGGACGACUGGGAGAUCUUCUGAGGAGGAUCCACGUCGCCCAGCCUAUGGGCGGCGUCGUCCGUGAGACAUUUAUUCCAGAUGCUGUGAAGAACAAGAUGAAAUAUGACAAGGAUGAUCCGGAUCGGCCGGCACUAGAGCGCGACCUCGAAGAGCAGAAUGGAGGUCCAGGUGUCUACAACUUCAACAUGCGCAAGAACUAUAUUCUCGAUAACCCAGAGUGGAAGGAAGACCGCAUCCCGGAAGUCUUUGAAGGAAGGAACGUCUACGACUUCAUCGAUCCCGACAUUGAAACCAAGCUCGCAGCUCUAGAGGCCGAAGAGGAGAAAUUAGAAGCGGAAGGUUUCUAUGAAACCGAAGAAGAGCUCGAAGAUGCAGAGGAGGCAGACAUUAGGUACAAGGCAGAAUUAAUCCGGGAGAAACGGCAACUCAUUAGAAACGAAGCGAAGAUGAGAAAAAGUCUCAAGAACAGGGCGGUCAUUCCAAGAACAGCCAAGUCAAAGAAGCUGUCUCAGAUGGAAUCUCAUCUCGAAAGCCUUGGCUAUGAUGCCUCCAAGGUUGCCUCAAGAGCACGGAGUCAAAGUCGCGGCAGAACCGUUCUGCGGGGUAGAUCUGAGGGCGUGGACGUUGAUGCAAUGGAGGUCGAUACCCCCAAGGCUGCUCUUGAGAGGGCGAAGAGCAGGGCGAGGAGCCAGAGCACAAACAGGAGGAUUGACGGUGUCACUAAUGAAACCGCUCGAUCCAACGCAGAGAGACUGGCCAAGCUGUCCCAGAAGAAGAUGAACAGGAUGGCUAGACAAGGUGAAGCUGACCGACACCAGACAGGCUCGUUGACAAAGCAUUUGACUAUUGGCAAACGUGGGAUCGGAAAAACCAAUAGGCGGUAAAAGUGAUAUGUGUCCAUUGUGCAAUAUUCGAGGUUCACACAUUUUUGGGGCUCAUGAAACGGCGUUUAAGGUGCAGGUAAUUGGUCUUAACUUCGGAAUGCCUGCAGAUACCAGGACGUUGGUCAAUCAUUCUGUAGGAGUCGAAGUCCCCUUAUAUUAAC